UGCUGUCAUGGCCGCCUCCAUGAGCCUGUAUCCACACAUGGGGUUCUAGGGUUGUGGACUUAUUUACUGGAACUGUCGCCUCUAGACUUCGGCUCUUUGGACCCUCCUCCUUUCACUUUCUUUUGUUGAGUCCUGUGUGGCCCUUGUAGGAAGACGUUUUAGCUGCAGCGAUGUCCGGGUUGAUGUGGACCCCGGAGCUGGCAGUUCUGAGGGGCUUUUCCACUGAGGCUGAGCGGCAGCAAUGGAAGCAGGAGGGAGUCCCCGGCUCAGAGAGUGGAUCUUAUCUACAGUUGCUGCUAGAAGGGAACUAUGAGGCUAUAUUCUUAAAUUCAGUGACUCAAAAUAUUUUUAAUUCAACAACGAUGACUGAAGAAAAGAUUGACAGCUACCUAGAGAAGCAGAUAGUAGCAUUCCUGGAUUACUCAGCAGAUUUGGACAAAACGGAAAGACAACAGCUGAUAUUCCUACUUGGUGUGAGCAGUUUGCAACUUUUUGUUCAGAGUAAUUGGACGGGGCCUCUUGUGGAUUUACACCCUCAGGAUUUCUUGCCAUCUCUUUUGUUCCAGCAAUUCAGUGAGGUCAAAGGACUGGAUGCGGUUGUUCUGAGUCUGCUCGUUCUAGAUGGCGAAUCAGUCUACAGCCUGGCCUCGAAGCCUCUGCUGCUGUUAUUAGCACGAGUUAUCCUAGUGAAUAUAAGACAUAAACUGACUGCCAUUCAGAGCUUGCCGUGGUGGACUUUGAGGUGUGUAAAUAUUCAUCAGCAGUUGCUUGAGGAACGCUCGCCUCAGCUUUUUGCUCUUGCUGAAGCCUGUAUUGAUCAAGUGAUAAAACUAGAGAAUCUGUUUGUAGGCGAUUCAGGUCGAUAUUUGGCUAUUCAAUUCCAUCUGGAAUGUGCAUAUAUAUUUUUAUAUUAUUAUGAAUAUAAAAAAGCAAAAGAUGAGUUCAAUAUUGCUAAAGACAUCAGCAAAUUACAAAUUGAUUUGACAGGCGCUUUGGGAAAAAGGACACGGUUCCAGGAAAAUUAUGUGGCACAACUUAUUCUAGAUGUAAGAAGAGAGGGAGAUGUGUUUUCCAAUUGUGAAUUCAGUCCAGCCCCUACUCCUCAGGAACAUUUAACCAAGAAUCUUGAGCUCAAUGAUGAUACUGUUCUGAAUGAGAUAAAAUUAGCAGAUUGUGAACAGUUUCAGAUGCCUGACCUAUGUGCUGAAGAGCUAGCUGUUAUCCUUGGGAUCUGCACAAAUUUCCAAAAGAAUAAUCCGGUGCAUAAGUUAACUGAGGAGGAGCUGCUGGCAUUUACAACAUGUUUGCUUUCACAACCAAAGUUCUGGGCCAUUCAGACAUCAGCCUUGCUCCUCCGGACAAAACUUGAAAGAGGAAGCACACGCCGAGUGGAACGGGCAAUGAGGCAGACACAGGCUCUUGCAGAUCAAUUUGAAGAUAAGACUACAUCUGUAUUGGAACGUCUGAAGAUGUUCUAUUGCUGUCGAGUACCACCUCACUGGGCCAUUCAGCACCAACUUGCAAGUUUACUCUUUGAGCUUGGAUGUACCAGUUCAGCUCUUCAGAUAUUUGAGAAGCUAGAAAUGUGGGAAGAUGUUGUCAUUUGUUAUGAAAGAGCCGGGCAGCAUGGGAAGGCAGAAGAAAUCCUUAGGCAAGAGCUGGAGAAAAAAGAAACACCAAGUUUAUACUGCUUGCUUGGAGAUGUCCUUCGCGACCACUCCUACUACGACAAGGCCUGGGAGCUGUCCCGGCACCGCAGUGCCCGUGCGCAGCGCUCCAAAGGCCUCCUUCAUCUGCGGAGCAGGGAGUUUAAGGAAUGUGUGGAGUGCUUUGAACGCUCGGUGAAGAUCAAUCCCAUGCAGCUCGGUGUGUGGUUUUCUCUCGGCUGUGCCUGUUUGGCCUUGGAAGACUACGGAGGGUCAGCGAAGGCAUUUCAGCGUUGUGUGGCUCUAGAACCUGACAAUGCUGAAGCUUGGAACAAUUUAUCAACAUCUUAUAUCCGAUUAAAACAAAAAGAAAAAGCUUUUAGAACUUUACAAGAAGCCCUCAAGUGCAACUAUGAACACUGGCAGAUCUGGGAAAACUACAUUCUCACUAGCACCGAUGUUGGGGAAUUUUCAGAAGCCAUUAAAGCUUAUCACCGGCUCUUGGACUUACAAGACAAAUACAAAGAUGUUCAGGUCCUUAAAAUUCUGGUCAAGGCAGUGAUUGAUGGGAUGACUGAUCGAAGUGGAGAUAUUGCAACUGGCCUCAAAGGAAAGCUGCAGGAGUUAUUUGGCAGAGUAACUUCAAGAGUGACAAAUGAUGGAGAAAUCUGGAGGCUAUAUGCCCAGAUAUAUGGAAAUGGGCAAAGUGAAAAGCCUGAUGAAAACGAAAAGGCGUUCCAGUAUCUAUCUAAGGCAUACAAGUGUGACACACAGUCCAGUUGUUGGGAGAAAGAUAUUACAUCAUUUAAGGAAGUGGUUCAGAGAGCCUUAGGACUCGCACAUGUGGCUAUAAAAUGCAGUAAAGGCAAAUCCAGUCCUCAGGAGGCUGUACAAGUGCUUUCUUCGGUUCGACUCAAUUUACGGGGCUUGUUAUCUAAAGCAAAGCAACUUUUUACAGAUGUGGCAAGUGGAGAAAUUUCCGGGGAGUUAGCUGAUGAAAUAGCAGCUAUGGACGCCUUGGUAGUAGAGCUCCAAGACCUAAGCAACCAAUUUCGAAAUCAGUAUUGACCAUUCUGGGAACAAUUUCUGGAAAAGGCACUUUCACCUUCUGGAAGUUCUCUUAUACCUGUGUAUCUGAAACACAAGAUAUUGAUUUUUUAAAUAAAUUUCUUUUU